AUGUAUCCCACAGCUAGUUACUGGCUUGGCCACAACAAACUCGCCUUCCGUUUCAUGCUCUUUGCGCGCGCCGGCCUGAGACGCCUGUUUUCCUCGCCGCGCGCCAUGGCGUCCGCCUUUGGCCACUACAAUGGCGCUGGCCAGAAGCGCGGCCAGCUCACAGUCACGGCGCUCGGCCGAUGGUCGAGCCUUAACAAGACGCUUCCCGCCGUCGAUAAGAUCUCCGCCCUCCACAUCUACGACUUUGACAAUACCCCCUUGUGGACUGGCCCUACGAUUGGCAUGCUCUCCAAGCAGGACGCAUUCAUCAACAGCGGCUGGUGGCACGACGACCGUAUUCUCGGCGCGACAGGCCUGGGUCUCGAACAAGAAGAAGCGCGCGCCUGGGAAGGCUUCUGGAACGAAAAAGUCGUCGAGCUUGUGCGGCUCUCGAUGCGGCAGCCCGAUGCGCUGUGCGUGCUGCUCACCGGCCGCGGCGAGCAGCGCUUCGCCAGCCUUGUCAGCCGCAUGGCCGCCAGUAAACACCUUGACUUUGACAUGCUCUGUCUCAAGCCGCCCGUCGGACCCGACAGCCAGAAGUUUGCCAGUACCAUGAAGUUCAAGCAGGAGCUGCUGACGGCGAUCAUGGAGACGUACAAGCACGCACGCGAGAUUUCCAUCUACGAAGACCGGCCGGCUCACACGCAAGGGUUUCGCGAUUUUCUGGAGGAGUAUAAUAAUGCGCAGCGGGUGCGGCCCACGCGCGGGCCGAUCCAGGGCGAAGUCAUCCAGGUCAACGACACGCAGACGGCGCUGGACCCCGUCGUCGAGGUGGCGCAGGUGCAGCGCAUGAUCAACGAGCACAACGCGGCCAUGCAGCAGCAACCGCCGCAUCUGCGACCCAACGCCCUGUGCAUCAAACGAACCGUCUACUUCACCAGCUACGUCGUCGACAGCGCCGACGCGCAGAAGCUGCUAGCGCUCAUGCCGAGCAUCCCGCGUGGCGACAAUGCGGGGCGGGCGGGCGACGGUCUCCGCGUCCAUGGCACUAACAUUAUCAUCGUCCCGCGGCCUUGCCCGAAGCCGCUGCUCGCCAAGGUCGGCGGCCUCGGCGCGCGCAUGACCUGGCAGGUCACAGGCACCGCGUGCCACCACAACGCUCUCUGGGCCGCAUGCGUCGCGCCCGUGCCGCCUACGGCCGCGUACCACACAGAAGGUCGCGUGCCGCUCGUCGUGCUGGCGCUCAAGCAAGGUGCGCGACCCGCCGACGCGGCCAAGAUUAACACCUGGUCCGCGGUUCCCCCGGAGAAGCGCUUCACGUUUACCACGACAGUGCGCGAAAAGACGAUCCUGCGCGUCGAGGCCGACGACCCGCGCGAGGGCGAGUACGAGAGUCUGUUUGCCAACAAGCCCAGUCGCGGGAGCAAUAACAAUAACCGCGGCAGCUACAACAAUGGUCGCGGCAGCUACAACGACCGUGGCAGCAAUAAGCGGAAACACAACGGCGACGACUGGAACCCGCCCAAGCAACCCGCGGCGGAUGCGGCCGCGGCUGCCGGACGAGGCGGACGCGGCGGAGGACGCGGCGGCAAGGGCCGGGGCGGCCACGCUGCGCACUACCGCUCCCUCGACGACGUUGGGUUCAAGAAUGGGCCUGCCGAGGUCAAUUACGACGACUCGCACCCGCCGGCGAAUGCGCCGACUGGGCCGCGCAGCGGCGGCCGGUCAAACGGCGGCGGCGGCGGCGGUGGCGGCAACAAUGUGACGGAUUUGCAAAACUAUUAUUGA